GGGCGCCUCCGCGGAGCGUGCGUUCUGGCCAAUCAUCUGCUGUCAGGGUGGCUGCUAUGAAUUGGGCCCCGGGUACUCAGCCCUGGCGUCGUUUGCUCGCCCCCUCGGAAUCUAUCCCCUCUUCCGAGCGUCUCUGGAGGCUCCGGGAGCGGCAGCUGCUGGGCUGAGCUCCCCCGGGUCCCAUUCCCAUGCAGAUCCUGGGCUGCCGAGCAUCGUCCCUUCCUCGCUCCCCGUCCCUCAGCCAUAUAAGGAGCGGCAGCUGCCAGGGCGGCCCCAGGAUCUAAAGAUAGCGGCAGGGCCUGGGACUCCAGACGCCACCUGGCAGCUGGAGUCGCCAUGGCACGGCAGCACGCCCGGACCCUGUGGUACGACAGGCCCAAGUACGUGUUCAUGGAGUUCUGCGUGGAGGACAGUACCGACGUGCACGUGCUCCUCGAGGACCACCGCGUGGUGUUCAGCUGCAGGAACGGCGAUGGGGUGGAGCUGUACAACGAGAUCGAGUUCUACGCCAGGGUGAACUCCAAGGACUCCCAGGACAAACGCUCGGGCCGCUCGGUAACUUGCUUUGUGAGGAAGUGGAAGGAGAAGGUGGCCUGGCCUCGGCUCACCAAGGACGAUAUCAAGCCGGUGUGGCUGUCUGUGGACUAUGACAACUGGAGAGACUGGGAAGGGGACGAAGAGGGGGAGCUGGCGCAGGUGGAGCACUACGCAGAGCUUUUGCAGAAGGUCAGCACCAAGAGACCACCCCCUGCCAUGGAUGACCUGGACGACGACUAGGAUGGCGCCGUGAUGCCCAGCAGUGGACUCUGAGAUCGAGCGCUGGGAGGAGGCCUGAGAGCCUGCUCCGUGUGGUGCUCUCCUCCCUGCCCUGUGAUUCUGGCCCAUCCUGACCUGGGGCCACGUC